CCCCCCCCCUCUCUCUCUCUCUCUUCGUCUUUCUCUUUCUCUCUCUUUCCACCUUGCCAUUCUAAGGAAGAGAGAAUAUGCCUUUCAUGGUCUGAGGUAAGAAGGAAUGAAGAGAGAGACCUGUUACAUAGAAAAGAAAUGUCCUCUUUGGUUAAACCAUCCUUGGAGAUGAUGUUGACUUCCCUUUGAAUCUCUGAGAGCUCACAGAAAGAAGAGAAAAUCCGGGGCAAAAGGAUUGGACUUUUUCGUCUUUGAAGGAUGAAGGGGAGUGAGAGUACUGCAAACAACUUCUUCUCCGAUUCGAGAAGCCCUUCCUCAGCAGAGAGGCCAGAAGACCUCCGCCAUGAGGAGGUGGACCAGAUCGGUGGUGAGAGCGAUGAGAAGAGAACUAAUAACGGGAGGAGCUCAAGCAGCAGCACGGUAGAAGAGAACAACAACAACAAUAAUGGCGAGAAAACGAAGGCAGCGUCUUCUUCCGGUUCGGGAGCUGUGAGGAAGUACAUCCGCUCGAAGAUGCCGAGGCUCCGGUGGACUCCGGAUCUCCAUCUCUGCUUUGUUCGUGCCGUCGAGAGACUCGGAGGACAUGAUAGAGCGACACCGAAGUUGGUCCUUCAGUUGAUGAACAUUAAAGGUCUAAGUAUCGCUCAUGUCAAGAGCCAUCUUCAGAUGUAUAGGAGCAAGAAGAUUGAUGACCACAAUCAAGCUAUGAAAGACCAUGGCCUUUUAAUUGAAGGCAGUGAUCACCACAUUUACAAUCUAAGCCAACUCUCGAUGCUGCAAAGCUUGAAUGAAAGAGCUUCCUCAAGAUACGGCAAUGCUUCUUGGAAAGGCCACAACCACCACCACCAAGUGUACAGCCCUAAUUACCAUAUGAUCAAUAAUGGCUCUGGUCUCGCUGGCAAUUACAACGCUAGAUUGAUGAUCAAUAAUGACAUUCAAUAUGCGGGUAAUUCUCCUUUCAGUAGACCCGACCUCUCCAUCAGAGACCAGAUCAGGUUCCCAAGCAGUGCUUCAAGUCCUUCCCUCUUGAGCCUAAGAGUAGUGCCAAAAGAAGUGCAGAAGAGGAAGAACCCGGAAUCAAAUGGGUCAACACUAGACUUGGACCUCUCGCUCGGGAUGAAAUCAAAGUCGGAUCAGGUAAAUCGCAAAGACAAUGGCGAUGACGGAGCGACGGAGAGCAAUUUGAGUCUCUCUUUGAAUUCUUUGAGUAAUAAUACGUUGUCAGAUAAGAUUACUAGAUUUAAGGAAAAGGAGAAGGAGGAGAGUGAAAUAAUAAGGACAAAGAAGAAGACAAAUACCCUAGAUCUGACUUUGUGAAUGGGGACAACUUCGAAGUGAGAUCUUGAUCAGGUACUUGUUUGUGACAGCAAUUUCAGUGGAACAUUUUCGAUGAUAUAAUGUGUACUGCCUUCAUAUAUUAUUAAGGCAACAUUAUUGUUAAUUAAUAUUAUUAUUGUUGGAGGCAUCUUCUGAUCUCUGCAUGCCCCCAGUCUCUCUUUUGUCUCUCUUCAACAGUAGAUAUAUAUGUAUACUGGGAAGUUCGCAGGUCAAUGAAAUGGAGCGUCCAUGAGCCUCUCGUUCGAGAUCAUUGAUUCGGGUCAUGAGCCCUACAUUGAUCCAAUUAGUCCAUGUACUGGACCGUAAAUUUUCCUUAUAUACAAGGUUUUGACAUUGAUUUGUAUUCUGAUAUACACAGGGAAAGGGAGAGACGAAUUUGGGCAUCAUUUGGCAUUGUUUGGAUAAU